AUGGCGGCCGCCGCGCCCACGGACCCGGCUGCGGCCUGGGUGAUCUUCGAGGACGUGUUCGUGUACUUCUCCCGGGAGGAGUGGGGGCUCCUGGGCGAGGCCCAGCGGCGCCUGUACCGCGACGUGAUGCUGGAGAACUUCGCCCUCGUGUCCUCGCUGGGUUGCUGGCGAGACGCCGACCGUGCGGCAGCCCCUCCCGAGCAGCGCGCCCCUGCGGACGCAUCGUGGGACCGGACGCCCGAGCCGGGUCCCUUUGUCCAGAGAGCCCACCCGUGGGAGGUGUGUGACCCGCUCCUCAGGGGCGCUGUGCCCCUGGGCGAUGUCCAGGGACCGCACCCCACGCAGGAACCGUGCACACGCGGCCCAGGUGCGAGAGGACCCUCGGGCCGCGCAGACGCGGACCCGCAGGAGGAGGAGCGCGGCGCAGGGGUCCCCCGCAGCGGGGAUGGCGGUGGGGCCGCGCUCGGGAAGAGCUGUGCUGCCCGCACGUCAGGGGGGCCCUUCCCUUGCGAGGAGGAGGGGAUGGACUUGCUGGGCAGCUCUGGCCUCCUCCGGCCCCGGACCCCUCACUGCGGGCUGAGCCCUCACCAGAGGGCCGGGCUCGGCGGAGGCCUGCCCCGAGGCAGCGUGUCCCAGGAGAUGGGCGCUCCGGUUCACCACCGGAGGCUUCACGGCAGGGAGGCCGCCCACGUGUGUGAGGAGUGCGGGAAGGCCUUCGCCCACCCGUCCCACCUCCGGGCGCACCGGAAGCUGCACCCGGGGAGGACGCAUCACACGUGCGGCGACUGCGGCAAGGCCUUCGGCCGCAAAGACACGCUGGCCCAGCACCGGCGGGUGCACACCGGGGAGCGGUCCUACGACUGCGGCGAGUGCGGCAAGGCCUACAGCCGGAGCUCCCACCUGGCGCAGCACCAGCGCGCGCACACCGGGGAGCGGCCCUACGCGUGCGGGGACUGCGGCAAGGCCUUCGGCCGCAAGGACACGCUGGCCCAGCACCGGCGCUUCCACACCGGGGAGCGGCCCUACGCCUGCAGCCAGUGCGGGAAGCUCUUCAGCCAGAGCUCCCACCUGAUGGAGCACUGGAGGACCCACACCGGGGCCCGGCCCUACGAGUGCAUCGAGUGCGGCAAGUUCUUCGGCCACAACUCCAGCCUCCUCAAGCACCGCAGGGCCCACACGGGCACCCGGGCCCACGUGUGCCCCAAGUGCGGGAAGGCGUUCGGCUGCAAGGACACGCUGGUGCAGCACCAGGUCACCCACACCGGGGCCCGGCCGCACGCGUGCGGCGCCUGCGGGAAGGCCUUCAGCCGCAAGGACACGCUGGCGCAGCACCAGAAGACCCACACGGGGGAGCGGCCGUACGCCUGCGGCGAGUGCGGCAAGCGCUUCAGCCACAACUCCAACCUGAUCGUGCACCAGCGGGUCCACACCGGGGCCAAGCCCUACGCGUGCGGCGAGUGCGGGAAGCGCUUCAGCCACAACUCCAGCCUCAUCCUGCACCGGCGCGUGCACUCGGGCGCCAGGCCGUACGUGUGCGGCGAGUGCGGGAAGGCCUACAUCAGCUCCUCCCACCUCGUCCAGCACAAGAAGGUGCACACGGGAGCGAGGCCCUACGCGUGCGGCGAGUGCGGGAAGUUCUUCAGCCGCAGCUCCAGCCUCCUGCUGCACCGCCGGGUGCACACGGGAGAAAAGCCGUACGUGUGCGGCGCCUGCGGGAAGGCCUACGGCAGGAGCUCCCACCUGGCCCGGCACCAGAAGGCUCACACGGGAGCGAGGCCUCGCGACCGCGACGGUUUGGGGGGCCCCUUGGCGGCGUCUCUUGGACUCGUGUAG